AUACUAUAUAUAUAGGCUAUAAAUACUUAGAAAGACUGGUUUUCUUUUCAUAUUAAUUAGCAGAUUUCUGUCGUUGAGAGCAAAACAAAAUGAUAAUCUCAUGCAAUCGUUCUCUUCCAACAUUUGCUAAACUAGUUCUUAUAAUUCAGUUCAACUUUAUCCUCUGGUCGCAGUUUAGUUCUGAAUUCAGAUGUGAAGAAUAUCCAACCAUCAUUGAAGAAGAACCUGCUCUGCGAACUGUUGCAGAGAACUUGAAGUUUAAGAGACUUCCUUCAUCAACUUCCAAAAUUUGUCAUGACUCUGAUCUCGGCAUCCAAUGUGACUGCAACUACACAACCACUCUCUGUCGUAUUAAAGAAAUUUCAUGGAGCAACCAAGAUUUGUAUGGGAUUCUACCGGAAGCAGUGGCUAACCUUACUUAUCUGGAAAAGCUCGAUCUGUCUUACAACAAAAUUGGUGGUAACAUCCCUUCAUCCUUGGGAAAGAUGAGUUCACUUUACUAUCUGGAUCUUUCUAAUAAUCAACUUACUGGAGGAAUACCACAUAGCCUGGGGAAUUUGAAGGCACAAAUUCAGGAAGAUGAAGUCUGGUUUGAUCCUAAUAAGACAAUGUCCAAACCAGAGUCAGAAAGGCCAUUCAGCCAAAGCAACUCGCAAUUGAAGCCCGGAGACAGAAAUAAAUAUAGUGGUAGUAGUGGUGAUGCUUACGAAGGCGGACCCGCUUACGAAGGCGGACCCGUUUUUGGAUGUAAAUACAACCAUAACCCUAACUGUCAUAAUCAACAUCCUCCUGGCUACAAAAGUCGUACAAGGCGUUGUCCGCUUUUCAAUUUAGAUCUCGCAAACAAUAAUCUUGAAGGACCUAUACCUGAGAGUUUGGGGAACAUAAGCUUAGGAAAAGGUUUGGAGCCCAAUGGAUCAACAUGUAGCGAUGACUUCUCCAUUCAUCUACAAUUCAAUUUCCUGACCGGAGUGAUUCCCAGCACUUUUGGCAAAUUGAAGUAUCUCAAAUCACUGUCUUUGAGGGAGAAUCAACUGAAUGAUUCACUUCCAAAAGAACUUGGGCAGUUGACAUCACUUCAAUACCUCUCGCUUCAAUCUAAUUACUUUACUGGUGAACUUCCAAGUACCUUUGCUAAUCUGACUAAUUUAGCUGAAUUUUCAAUAUCUGGUAAUUAUUUGUCUGGAGCUUUCCCUUCCUUCAUAACGAAAUGGACUAGCAUUCAAUAUUUGUCAUUAUACGGCAACAAUUUUGAUGGUGAAAUACCUUCAAACAUUUUGAACUUCUCAAGGGUGAUUAAUACUUUGAAAAUGAGUGACUUAGCCACCACUUCGUUCCGAUUCCCCAAAGAACUGGACUCGCCAUACCUAUCAACUCUGAUAUUGAGGAACUGUUCUCUUGUUGGUCCUAUUCCCGCUUACAUUGCUAAUAUGUCGUCACUACAAUAUUUAGAUUUAAGCUUCAACAAAUUAGAAGGUGAAAUCCCAGGGUCACUACAAAAUUUAAGUUUAAUUUACAUGUCCUUCGCGAAUAAUUCUCUCAGUGGUCCAAUCCCAGAAUGGAUUUUUCGUAAAUCCGCAGCUAAUAAUUGGACUAAGAUAGAUCUCUCGUUCAAUCAUUUUUCAGAAAUAAGAGGAAAGAAACAUCCAAAUUUGAAUUUAUUCUUCUGCUGUCCCAAUUGCCCAUCAACCAAAUGCCGCCAGCAGCCAGAGAUGGUAAAUAUGGAGAGUCUGAUGAAUUCAGCUUGUUCUGAUGGAAAACCUAAGCAGCACUCGUUGUACAUAAACUGUGGUGGUGAAGAAAUUCGAGACAUGGAUGAGAAUGAAUAUGAUGAGGACAAUAGCACAUUAUCAUAUGGUGUGAGAAAUGGUUCAAACUCCUACUGGGCUUUCAGUAGUACAGGAAGCUACUUGUUAUCAUCGAUGACCAACUCCAGUGAUCAGAUCAAAAAAGUGAAAUGUGGAAUUUCUGUGGCCGAGGCACCUCUCUAUGAAAAGGCUCGCCUAGCGCCUGUUUCCCUUAAGUACUAUGCAUUUUGUUUACAUAACGGCACUUACAACAUCACUCUUCACUUUGCUGAAAUUGUCUACAACCAGCAAGAUGUCGACUCUCAGUUUAGAUUAAACAAACGCAUAUUCGAUAUAUAUAUUCAGGGUAAUAGAGUGGAAACAAAUUUUAACAUCAAUAAGACAGCAGGUGGACCUAAUAGAGUAGCACUUGUAGAAAAUCACACAGUUUAUGUCAACAAUAGUCAGUUGGAAAUUCACUUAUAUUGGGCAGGAAAGGGUUCUACAUUACAAUCAGACAACAACCCUGAUUUUAAUGGACCUCUAUUAUCAGCCAUAUCUGUAACUCCAGGUUUCAAACUUAGAGAUGAUCAGGAGAAACUUUCCCGUUCACAUAAAGCAAUGAUUACGCUUGGUUCAAUUACAUUUGCUCUGGUACUUUUCUUGGUUUUCGCUUCCAUUAUGGGGUGGCUGGAAAAAGAAGCGUUGCACGUUAUAAAAGUAGGUGGAAAGACAGAUGUUACCCUUAAACAAUUAAUAGCUGCAACUAAAAAAUUUAGCAAAGAAAUGGAGAUUGGGAAAGGUGCUUUCGGUACAGUUUAUAAGGCUGAAUUUCCAGAUCACUAUGUUGUAGCUGUGAAGAAGCUUGAUGCUCCUCACUCGGUGGAGGGAAUUGACAAAUUAAAGAGCGAAAUCGAAAUCUUUACCCUCCAAUCAUGGAGGCAUGACAACCUUGUUCGACUCUUUGAUAUAUAUGUUGGAAAGGGUUUGUAUUUGCUUAUCUAUGAGUACAUGGAAAAUAAGUCCCUUGCCGAAGUAUUAUUCAACCCAGAGAGCAAAGUCAGGCUUAAUUGGGAUGCAAGAUUUAACAUUUGUCUUGGGAUUGCAAAGGCUUUGGAGUAUUCACAUGAACAUCCUAAAUUCAAGACCGUUCACAGAGGUAUUAAAGUUUCCAACAUUCUUCUCGACGGCACUCUCAAUUCUAAGUUAUCAGACUUUGGAUUGGCAAGCUUUUAUGCCGAUACCAACAAACCAGUUCAACCAAAUCAUGGAUACAUGGCACCUGAGUAUCUGAUGUACGGAACAAUAUCAAGAGAAUACGACGUCUAUGGUUUUGGGAUGGUUAUACUGGAGCUUGUUAGUGGCAGGAAAAAUGGAGGGCCUAAAAAGGAUAAUUAUAACCAAGAUACACUCGACUUUCUUGUAAACGAGGUUGUUGUGGCAGAUAAAAAAGGAGCGUUGAUGGGUAUGGUGGAUAAAAGUUUGAAUAAUGUUUAUGAAACGAAACAAGCCAUGACCAUCUUAAAGUUAGCAGUGAGCUGCACCAAUAUAUCCCCCGGGGUAAGACCCACCAUGGCUAAUGUUGUGAGUGUUCUAACUGGCCAAAAAACACUUGACCAGAUUAACUCUCUUGAGGUCCCUGCGGAAAACUGAACAAGACCUUAAUUAAGGUGGACCUUGCUAAGGAUAUAUAUAUAUAUAUGUGUGUGUGUGUGUGUAUGACCUUUGAAAGAGCACUGUCGAAUGGGUGAGACAAAAUAUAUGAUGAAAACCAUUCUGGAGAGUUAUGUAUUUAGUUUUUUAGCAUCUCACAAUGAAUUCAUUCAGUUUGCAA